UGGACGUCUGGACAGGGACUCACACCGAAACUACGACUGGAACAACCAGCGCUCAGCAUUGGACGCCUGUCUGUAUAGGUCCUCAGAGAGUGUGUAUUGUAACGUCGGUUGCUCAUUUAUCGGACCGGCGUUUUGGGGCAACCCUCCGGCUGCACGCGCCUGGCCGUCUCCGACUCGCUUGGCCGCCGUCCAUGCCUUUCUCCCGGCUUCCGACGCAGCACAUUCUCACCUCUUCAGCCGAGGAAAGACACAAAAGAAGACAAGUGAUGUGCGGCGUGAGGAGUGAAGCGUAAAGGAAGAAGCACCGGAUUCCGAGAGAUAGUUCUCUUCUCGCCGCAAGUUUUACAGGAACUCAGAAACUGGAAUUUAAACAUUUUCUGAGUUGAAAAGUCCGAUGUGGUGUAUGCGGCGACUCCAAGUGACACCACAGACCAGACAGUCCUGACUCGGACCCGGACUCCAGGUGGAUUCUCCCUCAGGUUCGGACGUCCCGUGGGGAUGGAGGUGCGGAGGGUGCUGCGGGCCUCCUCCUGCGGGCUCCUGCUGCUCCUUCACCCGCUGCUGUGGAGCUUCAGUCGGGGCGACGAAGAAGUGCUGAUGAACACCAAACUGGCAACCUCUGACCUUCUCUGGACUAACUAUCCGCCUGAUAACCGCCAGUGGGAAGAAGUUAGCGGUCUGGAUGACGAGGGCAAUAGUGUUCGGAUCCAUGAGAUCUGCACGCUUGGUGAUCCUGACUCUUACUGGUUACGAACUCGCUGGAUUCCUCGCGGAGAAGCAACCACUAUUUACGUAGAAAUCCGGUUCACCAUGGUAGAGUGCUCCCUCAAAGCACACUGCAAGGAAACCUUCAACCUUUACCAGUAUCAGGCCGACAGUGACGAAGCCACGGCCACACACCCAGCCUGGAUGGAGAACCCGUACGUCAAGGUGGCUACGGUAGCUGCGGACCACCUUCUUUUUAAAGGCCGGGAGCGCCGCUUCAAUGUUAAACUACUGCGACUGGAGCCCAUGCAGAAGGCAGGAUUCCAUUUGGCAUUCCAAAGCCAGAGUGCCUGUAUGGCACUGCUGUCCGUCAGAGUCUUUUACAGGAAGUGCCCUUCCAUCCGCCGCGCCUUCGCCUCCUUCCCUGAGACUAUCCCGCACUCACUGGUGGAGCAGGCUCAGGGUGUGUGUGUGGAGAACGCCAUCACACCUCCAGGAGAGCUCUCACAGCCUCCCAGCAUGCUCUGCGGAGAGGAUGGGCAGUGGGUCGGGCAACCAACUUCCAGCUGUGCUUGUCGCCCGGGAUAUGAAACUGGCACAUCUGAUGUGCGUUGUCGAGCUUGCACAUCGGGCCGUUUUAAGUCGGAAUCUGGACCAAGUGGUUGCCGAGUGUGUCCGGCCAACAGCAACACCCGGAUCCCCGGCUCCGCCUACUGCUUGUGUCUCCCUGGUUACUACCGAGCCGACUCAGACCCGCCACAUGCCGCUUGCACUCGCCCCCCCUCUGCACCCCGCUCAAUUGUCAGUCAAAUCAAUGACACCACUGUCACCUUGGAGUGGAGUGAGCCGCUGGACCGAGGAGGACGUCCCGACCUCACAUAUCGCAUUAUCUGCUCCAUCUGCAGGCCCACUGCCAAGGGAUUAGCCAGCUCCUGCUCUCCAUGUGACGACGGCGUCUUGUUCAAGCCAGCCCAGCAGGGUCUGACUCAGCGGCGUGUUGUGGUUGGGGGUCUCAUCCCACACUCCAGUUACAGCUUUACUAUCCAAGCUCUCAAUGGCGUCUCUGAAAUCAGCCAGGUGGAGCCGUCCUCCAAUCGGGUCAAUGUCACUACGAGGAAAGAUGUUCCUCUCCCAGUUGUCGGUCUGAGAAGGGUGGCUGCCUCAGAGUCCACUUUUACAUUGGAGUGGAACGCUGCUCUUUUACAGAACCAGAACCACAUCCUGGACUACCAGCUGCGUUACUAUGCCAAGGACGGGGAGGAUGCGGGCCAGUGGCACUACCUGUCCAGCAGGACUUCGUCUGUGGUGAUCCCUGGACUGCGACGGUCUACGCAGUACCUGGUGCAGGUUCGGGCCCGUUCCCAGGCUGGUUACGGGCCAUUCAGCGCUGCAGGCAGCUUCAGCACACUUCCGGAUGGGGUGGCUCACGGCCAGCUGGUUCUGACUGCUGUUCUGGUGUCUUUGGCGAUCCUGCUGCUGAUGGCUGCCGUGAUUAUUGCUCUCUGCUGCUACCGCAGGAGACGUAAGGAGUCACAAAUCAGCGACAAAAUUGGCCACUACCAGAUGGGACAAACAAUGAAAGUUUACAUUGACCCCUUCACCUAUGAAGACCCCAACGAAGCUGUGAGAGAGUUCGCCAAGGAGAUUGAUGCUUCGUUUGUGAAGAUUGAAGAAGUGAUCGGAGCAGGUGAAUUCGGGGAAGUGUGCCGUGGUCGCCUGCGAGUCCCUGGCCGGAAGGAAAACUAUGUGGCCAUCAAGACACUGAAGGGCGGCUACACCGAGAAGCAGAGGCGGGACUUCUUGUCGGAGGCGUCCAUCAUGGGCCAGUUUCAGCACCCCAACAUCAUCCACCUGGAGGGCGUCAUCACCACUUCCUGUCCCGUCAUGAUCCUCACAGAGUUUAUGGAGAAUGGAGCUCUAGACAGUUUCCUGAGGGUGAAUGACGGUCAGUUCACCACUAUCCAGCUGGUGGGAAUGUUGCGAGGGAUCGCAGCAGGGAUGAAAUAUCUGUCGGACAUGAGCUUUGUCCACCGAGACCUCGCCGCUCGUAACAUCCUGGUCAACUCCAAUCUGGUCUGCAAGGUCUCUGAUUUUGGUCUCAGCCGGUUCUUGACCGAAAACUCUUCAGACCCGACGUACACCAGCUCCCUGGGAGGGAAGAUUCCCAUACGCUGGACGGCUCCUGAAGCCAUCGCCUACAGGAAAUUUACGUCAGCGAGUGAUGCUUGGAGUUACGGGAUCGUCAUGUGGGAAGUGAUGUCAUACGGGGAACGACCAUACUGGGACAUGAGUAACCAGGAUGUUAUUAACGCCAUCGAACAAGACUACCGGCUGCCGCCGCCCCCAGAGUGUCCCGCCUCCCUGCACGGCCUCAUGCUGGACUGCUGGCAGAAGGAGCGAGCCAACCGCCCGAGGUUCUGCGACGUGGUGGCCGCGCUCGACCGGCUGAUCCGAAAUCCUGCUUCGCUGAAGGUGACCCAUCCAGAGGGACCCAGUCCGUCCCAGCCGCUGCUGGACCAGCGGAUCCCGCCUCCCCUGUCCGCCUGCGGUUCUGUCUCGGAGUGGCUCCGGGCCAUCAAGAUGGAGCGCUAUGAGCAAAGCUUCCUGCAGGCCGGAUUCACAAGCCUGGAUCUUGUCUCUCAGCUGGACACAGAAGAUCUUCUCAGAGUGGGUGUGACCCUUGCUGGGCACCAGAAGAAAAUCCUCUCCUCCAUCCAGACACUGAGGAUACACAAGGUUUCGCCCACCAUGGUCUACUGACCAAUUAUAUGUCUCUUAAUGGACAGCAGCUCUGUUCUUUUGUCACCAGUCUGAAAGCCUGUGGACAAAAGAAACUCCACUGACAGAAAGUAUGACUCACUUAAGCAGCACAAACUCAGGGGAGGUCUGUGUCAUUGUUCUUUCAGCCAAUAAGGGUUGUCAGCUGCUGAAGUCUCGGCCUAUUGGCCAGCCAACAGUUGCUCAGGAAACUGAAUCUGCGACCAACUCCUGGACACACUUGGUGUGAAAUGGGCUUUGUUUGGAUCCAAAUGUGUCAACAAGGGUUGAUCUGAGCUCAGACAUUCUCUGGAAUCUUCUGAUGCUUAAGGAAUUUGGAAUUCAAAACAGUACUAUCGGCUCUUUGGAUCAUCAGAUGGUCAAACAGGAGACCUUGAAACGGUGCUAGAAGGAAUUUGCUUGGACUGUCCUCAGAAGUUGUUGAAUCACUCCACCUCUUCUUCAAGAUCCAGUGGAGCCACACAGAAACCUCCUGGACACUCCACUCAGACACUCGGGUGUUUCUGUGCCAGUUUGAAAACAUUCAUGGGAUAUUCGGUCCGUGGAUGCCUGUUGGAGGAAAUGUAUGUUGUUCCGUUUGGACACAUGGACCCUGUGAGUCACAUUCCAGGACGGAUUCAAGAAUCACUCAAUAACUCCACUGGGAAAUCUGCCCGUGCACUUCAGGAAAUCUUUUCAAUAACUGGAGAAGUAGGUUCAGACAGUUGGAACUGUGCGCAGAACUGGUGGUGUCACAAGUGGAGGAACAUUUCUGAAGUCGCUGCCAAAUCUUUGGUGGAUGGAAAGAGUUUUGCAACUUUUUAAUGUUCUUAAAGUUCUGUACCAGAGCCCUUAAUUACUCCCAUUUUUGGGAUCAAAAACGAAAAUCAGGAACUAUCGAUGAUUAUUGGUGACUAAUUGUUUGCAGUUUCAACAUGAGGACUGAAUCAGUUACCAAAUAUCUCUGUGAUCACGAAACUGUGGACUGAACCAAAUCACUAGGUUGUUUUUGUCUUUUAAAAAUAUAUAUUUUUUAGCACUUUUUGUACAUGUUUGGCCUGAAUCAAGCAAAGAAGAGAUCUGAGUUUUAUACUGAAUAUACAUUUCCUGAGAAAA